AUGGAGAAAUAUAAGAUUGUGAAGCAACUUGGUGACGGUACAUAUGGAAGUGUGCUACUUGCUAAUCUUAAAGAUUCACCUCAAGAAAAAGUUGCUAUAAAACGAAUGAAAAAGAAAUAUUAUUCUUGGCAAGAAUGCAUGGAUUUACGAGAAGUUAAAGCUUUACAAAAAAUUCGUCAUGCUAAUAUUAUUAAAUUAAAAGAAGUUAUUCGUGAAGAUAAUAAUUUAUAUAUGAUUUUUGAGUAUAUGAAUGAGAAUCUUUAUGAAUUAAUGAAAAAACGAGAUCGAUUAUUUCCUGAGACUAAUGUUCGUAAUGUUAUAUUUCAACUUCUUCAAGGAUUAGCUUAUAUGCAUAAACUUGGAUUUUUUCAUCGUGAUUUAAAACCUGAAAAUAUAUUGUGCAAAGGUGUUGAACUAAUAAAAAUAGCUGAUUUUGGUCUUGCUCGUGAGCUACGCUCAAGACCACCAUAUACUGAUUAUGUAUCUACAAGAUGGUAUCGUGCUCCCGAGGUGCUACUUCGUUCUACUUCUUACACAUCUCCAAUUGAUAUAUGGGCAGUUGGUUGUAUUGCUGCUGAAUUUUAUACAUUAAGACCAUUAUUUCCCGGUAGUAGUGAAAUUGAUCAAAUGUUCAAGAUCUGUGCUGUUAUGGGUACACCAAAUAGAGAUGAAUGGCCAGAAGGUUUUAUGCUAGCUGCUAAACUUUCUUUUCGUUGGCCACAAUGUGCUCGAACAGAUCUGAAAAAAAUUAUUCAUAGUUCAAAUAAUGAUGGAAUUGAUCUUAUUGCAGCAACACUUGAAUGGGAUCCUAAACGACGACCAAAUGCAACACAAUGUUUAAAACAUCCAUAUUUCAAAGUCAGUCAAGAUUCAUUAGGAAUAUCAAGUACAAAUGUUUCAGUAAUUAAUGAUUCAUCAUCAGUUAUAUCAACUCAAUCACAUGAUUCAAAACAAAUUUAUACCAAAGAUUGGGAUAGAGAUGAGGAUAAAACUCCAGGUAGUGCAAAUGAUAUGAAUGAUUUAGAUGCAUUACUUAAAGAAUUCGAACAACCAAGUAAAACAAAUCUAAAAGAAAAUAUAAAUACUCAACAGCAACAACAAAAAUCUACAAAACAAUCGAGUGGAUUUUUAUUUGAUAAUUCUUCCCAACAACAACAACAACAAAAAGUAUCAAAAUAUGAUACAUCCAUAUCAGAAAAUCGAAAAGGAAAUAUUCCAAUAUUUUCAAAUGCAAAUAUUCAUUCUGAACAACGUCGUACAUCAAUAUUAAAACAACCACCUAAACCAGCAGUCGAUCAAUCAUUUGAUAUUGAUGCUAUAUUACAAGGCCGAGCAAUUCCACCACCACCACAAGCACCAAAAGCUUUACAUCCAAUAGCACCAAGUAAAAAUUCUGCAUCAUCAAACAGAGGAGAUAAUUUAGCAGAUUGGUUAAAUGAUGAUCAUAUAAUAAGCAAGACUCAUACACAAAAAAUAACAACAAAUAAAUCGAAUAAACCAGCAAUUGAUCUUAAUCCAGAUGAUUUUUUUUCUAAUGCAAAUAAUAAUCGUGAUCAAAAUGAUAUGAAAGCACCAUUUUCGACAACGAAAGCAUCUGCUAAGCAAUAUUAUAUGGGAAAUUCAAGGUAUAAACCAGGUAUUAAUCCACGACAAACAGUGCGUCGUGAUAGUUUUAAUUGGCUUGGAGAUACAUCAAAUAAUAGUAAUUCAGCAACUCGUGGACCAAAAUUAACAUCAUAUGUACCAACAUUUGGCGAGCAAAAGAAACAUCUAUUACCAACUGAAGAAGCAACAUUAAAACGUUUAUUAGCACAUCCUAAUGUUGAAGGUAUUAUAUUAACAAAUGAAGAAGGACAACUUCAGUAUACAUCACUUGAUAAUAAUCUUACAUUUCACAUAACAUCAAAGUUACUUUCUUUUGCUGAUAUGAGUCGAUCGAUUAUUCGUGAUAUUGAUCCAACAGAUAAUUUGUUAACACUUCGUCUUCGAACACGGCAAAAAGAAAUGAUGGUUGUUGCACCAGAAGAUGGUAUCCAAGUCAUUGCUAUACAGAAAAUUCAUUCAUUACCAACAUUAAAACAACAUAUCGAAGACGAAUAUGAUGAUAAUUGA